UAUUGUCCAAGACACACGACGCGCAUACGCACCCGCGCGCCCUCUAGCGGAAAAUCGCAGUUUUCACUGUUUAGAACAAUGGCGGCGACACCUCCAGUAGCCGUCGGAUAUUAUAAAUACUGAUGCUGGGCUCGCCCGCGGGUAGUCCAGAGAAAGGUGCCUACGGGACAUGAUGAUAAGAUGGCCGUACCUGCUUGUAUGGUCAUUUCUCGUCACCACUAUAACUUGCCACAGAGUAAUAGAGAGUGUAGAGAGCGAGGAAUCUCAGAACACCACUGCUCUGUACCCCGUCACUGAAGCCAACUUGACCAACAGAAGCAGAAGCGAAGAACGGGGUGAGAAGAAUACUUCGCCAGAUGCAACAUCAUGGAAGAUUGAAGCAGCUUUUGCGGAGUCCAAACUCCCAGAGAUCAAAGACAAUCAGACGGAGUCAAAAGAGUCUAAAGAAUCCAAGGACGAGAAGAGUGGGAACUGCAGUAAGGAGUUCCGGCCGAGCCCACCACUGGGCAUCAUUGAGGAGGAGAGACCUCAACAUAUACCUGGCACGCUUGACAACUUUGUGCCUAUAAAAAAACCUGCAUCUGGAUUUCAUAGUUUUCAUCACGGCCCCACUAAAUCGGGUCUCCACACUCCUCCUAAAGAAGUCUUCAGGCAACAAGACUUCCCUUACAAGAUUGAAAGCAGCAUCUUUACCAGAGCUAAGGGCGGCUGGUCAACCCAGGUCUCCAAGCCGACAGUGGAAUCUCCUGUGAAGGUCCCAGCUGGGGGGCUGUACAGCUCACCGCAUGCCUUCAAAGACAAGCCGGGUGUAGACGGCCACGAUGACAACUUUGGACUGGAGUUCAAUCGGGAUAUCAAGGGGAGUGAAGGGGGUUCAGGGGAGAUCAAGAAGAGAAUAAAUCCCUGGAUGAACCUACUGCGCAUGGUGACAGCCUUCAUUCCAGUCGGCCUCAUCAUCUCCGCGCUCACCCCCAGUGUCAUCACCAUCGAGAACAGUGACCUGGACAAUUACAAGUACUCACCACUGAUACGGAGAUCGACGUCGUCAGCGCUGGCCAACAUCAGCGAACCCUGCCGUCGACGGCUUCUAUGCGAAUUGCACUCUGAAAGAAAUUAUAUGGAAGGGCAAAAGUACCGAAGAAGAGGCAAGUUGUGCUACAAACUACCCUGCGAGGACCCGGAGGCCCUCGCCAGGACGCUCCAGUGGCUACUGUCCUACCACCACGGUGACAACGAUGGUCGGGGCUAGGGAGAGACUAAGCUGCUACUUUAUGUGUUCAUCUAUUAAAAGUUUUUACAUAUUUUUAAUUUUAUUAGAUCAAUUUAGCAACCCAGCGUCCUGUGGUCCUGCCCUAGAAAAGGUCCAGCCAAAUACUUCCGUGGAUGUCGUG